GCCGUCCUCAGUACGGCUCCGGCCGCAGCGCCGCUUGCUUCUGGUAUUCCUUGUUCUCUGCGGGUUGUGGGGGCUCUGCGCCGCGGCCGUUAGUCAUGUCGGAUUCCGGAAGUUAUGGUCAGUCUGGGGGUGAGCAGCAAAGUUAUUCUUCCUAUGGAAAUCAAGGCAGCCAAGGUUAUGGACAAGCACCACAAAGCUAUUCUGGCUAUGGGCAAACUACUGAUUCUUCAUAUGGGCAGAACUAUGGCGGCUACUCCUGUUACGGACAAAGCCAAUCAGGUUAUUCACAGUCCUAUGGUGGCUAUGAGAAUCAAAAGCAGAGCUCAUAUGGCCAGCAAUCUUAUAAUAACCAGGCACAGCAAAACAUGGAAUCAUCAGGAGGCCAAGGUGGAAGAGUGCCUUCAUAUGACCAGUCAGACUAUGGUCAUCAAGAUUCAUAUGACCAGCAGUCAGGCUAUGAUCAACAUCAUGGCUCUUAUGCCGAGCAGUCAAAUUAUGAUCAGCAGCAUGAUUCCUAUAAUCAAAACCAGCAAUCCUACCAUUCACAAAGGGAAAAUUACAGCCACCACACACAAGAUGACCGUCGUGAUGUGAGUAGGUAUGGAGAAGAUAAUAGAGGAUAUGGCGGGUCACAGGGAGGAGGUAGAGGGCGUGGGGGAUAUGACAAGGAUGGAAGAGGUCCUAUGACAGGAUCAAGUGGUGGUGACCGCGGUGGCUUCAAAAAUUUUGGUGGUCACAGGGAUUAUGGACCCAGACCAGAUGCUGAUUCAGAAUCUGAUAAUUCAGAUAACAACACAAUCUUUGUACAAGGACUUGGGGAGGGUGUGUCUACAGAUCAAGUGGGGGAGUUCUUUAAACAAAUAGGAAUUAUCAAGACAAAUAAGAAGACUGGAAAACCAAUGAUAAAUCUGUACACAGACAAGGACACAGGAAAGCCAAAAGGGGAGGCAACAGUAUCAUUUGAUGACCCUCCUUCAGCUAAGGCAGCCAUUGACUGGUUUGAUGGAAAAGAAUUCCAUGGCAACAUCAUUAAAGUGUCCUUUGCCACCAGAAGACCUGAAUUCAUGAGAGGAGGUGGAAGUGGAGGUGGGCGACGAGGCCGUGGAGGAUAUAGAGGCCGUGGAGGCUUUCAGGGGAGAGGUGGAGACCCCAAAAGUGGGGACUGGGUUUGCCCUAAUCCGUCAUGUGGAAAUAUGAACUUUGCUCGAAGGAAUUCUUGCAAUCAGUGCAAUGAGCCCAGACCAGAGGACUCUCGUCCCUUAGGAGGAGAUUUCCGGGGAAGAGGCUACGGUGGAGAGAGGGGCUACGGUGGAGAGAGGGGCUACAGAGGUCGUGGGGGCAGAGGUGGAGACCGAGGCGGCUAUGGUGGAGACCGAAGUGGGGGGGGCUAUGGUGGAGACAGAAGUGGCAGCGGUGGCUACGGAGGGGACAGAAGUGGGGGUGGUUAUGGGGGGGACCGAGGAGGUGGCUAUGGGGGGGACCGUGGUGGUGGCUAUGGAGGAGACCGAGGUGGCGGCUAUGGAGGAGAGCGAAGUGGGGGGGGCUACGGAGGAGACCGUGGUGGUGGUGGCUACAGUGGGGACCGAAGUGGAGGCUACGGAGGAGACAGGAGUGGCGGCGGCUAUGGAGGAGACCGAGGUGGCUAUGGAGGCAAAAUGGGAGGAAGAAACGACUACAGAAAUGAUCAGCGCAACCGACCAUACUGAUGACUGUUUUGAAUGUUCCUUUGUCUCUGACAUGAUCCAUAGUGAAAUUGCCAGAGUUUUGCCUGCUGCUUUCCUCGUGGCCUCUUCUUGCGUAGUGAGAUUAAGUGACAUUUGGAUUUUUAUUUGGGUGGGAGGGCUGGGACAGUUUUCCUUUUAAAAAUGUCCAUCGAGAUAUCCCCCUUUAGUUUCCAACCUUCUCCUUCCCAACCCUUGAAGCUAAGUGCGUUGUAAAAUAUUGCCAAAAUGGAAAGUGUUUUGUAAUACUGCAAUAAAGGAUGCUUGUUUUGUGGA